AUGGCUAUAUGGCCCUUUGGUCGCCGGAGGAAACGGUCCCGAAAGGCUGCGGACGACGAUGCUUUCUCGAGCUCCCUCACUGCUGGUGAUCCUCUAGCACAGGCACACGCUCGGGGCUUUGGGAGCCAUGGUUCCCCUCAAUCUAAUCUCCAUGUCCAUUCCCAUGGGUCCGUCCUAGGUUCUGGGAAUGCUACCAGGAGAGACAGUAAGCGAAGGAAACGCAAUAAUGUUCCCCCAGCAACACACGAUUUAUACGACAGCGACACCGUCCGUCUGACGGAUAUACCCCCCGGUACCUUGUCCAUCGCUUCUGCCCGCUUCCGUCGCCAACCUACCUCGAUUGAUACCUCUCUCUCGCGCAAUUUUGUAGCGUCGUCCUCGCACUUUCACUACGCGGGCACUGUCUCGCAGACCAGCCUUGGACACCCUCCGACCCUUCACGGUCGCCGCAGCAGCACCGAACCCGCGAUGUUGAGACGGAAAUCUUCGAAGCGCAAACGAAAUGAUUAUGCGAGGGAGUUGGAGAUAAAAAAUAUGACCAGCCAUGUGACUGUCCUACGACGACCUUCGACUGUGUCACCCGCCACCCAGUGGUGGGAGUCUAACAAACGCGGCACGAGGAAUAUAAAGUCUGCCCAUGGCGCUGUAUCAUCCCAAAUGUCGCUACAGGUUGAUUCGGGUCGAAGUUCCCCCUUCGACAUGGAACCUUGUUCCUUCAAAAUCAGUUCUUUCGCGGCUCUGGCUCCUCGACCAAUUCUGAGGUAUGCUGAACCACCGCGGUACGGGCCGGAGAGCAGGGAUCAUUCUCGAGCAUCCACGGGCAAAGAACGGAGACAGGUCAUUCCAGCGGAAGACCUUACGCGUAUUUCUCGCAUCCAAGACCUUGCGGAUGAUAUGGAUGCGAGCGCUUUGAGGGAGCUGAUGGAAAGAGACCGACGGCGAAAAGAAAUGAAACGGAUAGCCGACCAACAGAAGCUACAACGGAAAUUACAAAGAAGAGCGGACCUUCAACGCGAACAAGAACGACGGAAUCCACCCGUACCCUCGCAACUUCCAACUUCAGGAUAUAGUGUUGGAGUUGGAGUUGGACGUCCUCCUAUUCCUGAGCCUCGAUCUGCAGACAAUGUUGCUGUUCCUAUUCCAGACCGUGUAUCUUCAGAUACUGUGGAGGCUGUUCCUUCUUCUGGGUCUUGGCUACGGGACCCAUCCAAGGAAAGUCUACGCGGUACAACUUCAAGCCCGAAAGACAAACCACUGUCGAGCGUAAAUAGCGGUUCUGCUCUACGUGGGCGCUCCAGUGUUAUCAGCCACGAUAUUAGCAUGUCUAGUAUGAGCGGCCGACAUUCCAUUGAGCCGGUCCAUGGUGCCAAAGGCCCAGACAAUGCUGCCAAUUCCCAUGCCCCAGAAACAACCGGACGACCUACAGCAAAUAUUCUUCGGGAUUUUGAACUCCAGAAGCGUCAUUCAGACAACGCUGGAAAGCUCUCUACUUCCUGGACCACCUUCUUCCGACGUGGUGGGACGCGGUUCCGACGACAGAAUUCGGAGCGGACGAAGACACCGUCGGAGAUUUCAAGCCCACCCAGAGAUUCAUUUCAAAGAAUCAACCAGCAGGCAGCACAAACGCAACCCGUUCCACUUCCGGAACGAAGCUACAUGCGCCCUGGAAUGUUUCCUCGAAAUCAAUCCAAAUUUACAGAACAUUUUACCGACCCCGUCAAUGAUUUCCCGCCUCCACCUGGACGCGAUUUCCAAUCGCCAAGCGGCCCUCAUCUUUCAUUUUCAGUAGCUAGAUCACCCGCAGCGGCUGGCGCAGACCGUUCUUCCGUUGCUACUCCUGAGCAACGUGCCUACAGCCGUUCAUCUGGCGCUGGCAGCCCAGAGACUAAUGCUGAGAGCAUUUUACUCGCCCACUCUCUUGCUUCUAUAGACUCUGAGGGCUCGUGGCUGUCGGGGCGACCUUCCCGGCGCUUCUCCCAUCCGCCCAAGAAUUCUAGCAGCGCGAAUUCCACAAGGGACAUACUAGACGUGUAUGCAGAAUAUGCGGAAGAUGAUCGCGACCGCACUCGCCACCUGACAGCGGAUGAUCGUGAUCAUGGGCGUCGGCCACCUUUACUUUUGGAAGAAAUGGAUCAAGGAGAAGAAACCUUCCACGACGGUGUCGGGAAACGCGCACUCCUCGUCCGCCCGGACUACCGCCCAUUCUCUAACAAUGCCAACAUCAUCAUCGACGACAACCUCAAGAACCUCUACAUGGAAACAGAAGGUGUGGGAGCGGGUGGAGCUCAAUCAGACGCCGAAUCUGCCAGUCCAGUUAGCGCUCUCGGAGCCGAUUCGGAGGUCCGGCGCGCAACCAGCGUGGAUCUGGGUAAGCAACACGUGCGUCAUAUUAGCGCAGGAAGCGCCAAACUUUUGGAGAUUUCCCGGCGGGCAUCUGAGACUCGCAGGUUGAGUGCUGGUUCGACAGGGAGCGGUACCUUACCGAAUCAUGCGUAGCGCCGUGUGAGUAGGGGAAGUUUCGACAAGUAGGUGAAAGAGAUAAGAAGAAAAGGCAGAGCAAAGGCCAUAACGGGUGGACGAUGAUGAAGAUGAAGGAGGAGGAGGAGAAGAAGAAAAAGAGAAGAAGAAUUAUUUUCUCGGACUGCAUUAUCAAGCAAGCCAGCCCACACUCUUUUGGUUUUGAUUUUUCUACCUUUCCUUGAUUCGACUUUUUUUUCCCCGAAUGAUAGGAUAUGCUGAAGGUUGUUUUCUGCGGGAAAUACCCCCCAAAAAACAAAAGUGACAAAAAAACCACGAAAACCCAGCAAGAAAAUAACCGAAAAAAAAAAACGAAAAAAAACGAAAGAAAAAUAUCAAGAUGAGAAAAAAAAAUUAAAAAAUAAGGUAAAUCCCAAAGGAAUGAAACCAAGACAUCCGCAACGUCGGGAAAAGAACCAACUUGCCAAAGUUCAUAGCAGAGCAUGGCACGUCACACUCAUUUGUUAUUUUUUGUUAACCCUUCACUAACGCCUUGUCCCUUUGUUAACUAACCCCUUUAUUUCUAACUUCUUACGAUCAUUUUUACCCCUUGGCCUUGCUAUGAUAAUCCAGAUGGAGAAUUGCGCUUCCUCUUACUCUUCUUGUUUCUCCUUUUUCUUUUCAUAUCUUUCUUAGAUUUAUCAACGAAAAUCCUCAUCGUCAAAAGAAUAUCUUUGCCACUUCUUGCAUGCAUUUUUUUUUAGCUUUCGCCAUCUCUUCCUCCGUUCCAAGUCCGUACGCUACGCAGAACUUCGUUUUGCACCGCUUCCCUACCAGAGGACCUGUUAUAUUGUCUACCCUUAGUUGUUGAAUUUCGCUAUUAUCCCCCAUUCUGUUUUUUGUCUCUUACUAAGUCCUUCGGCUUGGCCUUCUUUUCUUUCUAUUGGUUAUGUAUUUAUUUAUUUAUUUAUUUCAGAAAUGGGCUGGGAAAUAACGACAUCAGCUGGCUAGCACACGCCAGCAGGUAGUCAAGGCAGGAGUGUUAUUUUGGAAUAGGAUAUUGGGGAUUUGAGGGGCGGUGUGUGUCAUUGCAAUUGGAAAUGGAAAUGUCCAGGAAUGAAUCUUAUGGAAUUUAGUUACAUCUAAAUGAUUUGAUUUGAUUUGAUUUGAUUUGGUUUGGUUCAACGUCUCAGAGGGCAUGGAGACGUGUUACGCUAGAAAGGUCUCUCUGUACACAGAAGAAACAUAGAAGGUUUAGAUAACAACUCAUGAGAAGACCCAGCCAACAUGAUUCUUAGAGUG